AUGAUUUGCGCAUCCUUGGCCUUCCUUUAUGUGGUCCUUGAGAUUGGUCAUCUCGAGGCUCGGCGUCCAUGGCUUCCAUGGGUCGAACUCCUCUAUGCUGUGGCCUUUGCCAUCGCUUACUUCACAUCUCCGUUUUUCUUCCCCAUCUUCGUGGCCAUUUACGCAUGCACGGUGCUUCUCAUCAUUCAUCAAGCCUAUCGUGUCUAUCAACACUACCAAAAGGAGGAGAGCGCCUCUGCGGUGUGGCAAAGAUGUUUGUUCUGGACCGCUGCUCUCGGCUAUCCUGGUGGCUUCCUGUUCUUGUGGGUUCCCGAAAACGCGCUGUGCCCCUUCUACCCGGAGAUCUUUCAACGCUUGCAUUUACAUGCGCUUUUCCACAUCGUUACCACCAUGUCCCCUUACUGUUAUGUGGUGUUCAUGACCUACCACCGGUGUCUCAUGCUCAAGCGCGAUGCGGAGCACCGCUUGGGGGCGGGUUUAGCGUAUAUUCAUGUCAAAGAAGCUGCUUAA